AUGCACAGGCACGGUGGAGUCAAUCAGCUUGGCGGUGUCUUCAUUAACGGCCGCCCGUUACCUCACGUGGUGAGACAGCACAUCGUGGAGCUCGCGCAACAGGGCGUGCGUCCCUGUGAGAUCUCCCGCCGCCUGCGCGUCAGUCACGGCUGCGUCAGCAAAAUACUGGCCAGGUACAAUGAGACAGGAAGCAUCAGACCCGGACUGAUCGGGGGCUCUAAGCCCAAAGUGGCCACUCCCCAAGUUGUGCAAAAGAUCCUCCAACUGAAACACCACAACCCCACCAUGUUCGCCUGGGAGAUUCGAGACAGGCUGCUGCUGGAGCAAGUGUGUGACCAGAACAGUGUGCCCAGCAUCAGCUCCAUCAACAGAAUCAUCAGGAAGAAAGUUCAGUCCGAAUCUUGUGAAGCUGUGUCCUCAGCAUCAUCAGUUGCCAUGGGAACAGCCUGUUCCUCCCCAACCAGCUUUUCCAUCAGUGGGAUUCUGGGAAUCUCAAAAUAUAGCUGCAAGAUACCAGAAGCUUCUUGA